CAUACUUCAAUUUCAUAUGUGAGGUAGCUGAACUUACAUCAUAUGGUGAAAACUCUUUUCAACUAUUGCAUAUGCCAAGCAGAAGGGUUCAAAAUUCUUUGGCAUUUAUUGAACUGGUUUAUCUCACUGAUUCAGAAGAUAAAAUGCAAGAUUUUUUUAAAAUUUGGUUAUGUGACUGUGACAGUGAUCAAGAACAUUUGCGUUUGUUGUUUCCUGGAAAGUCAAAAACUAAAAUUGAUUUUACUGUAAAAUGUGAUAUCAGAGAAAGUAUAAUCAACACGCUAUCUUUGCCUUAUGGACAUCGUUAUCAGAUACAAACUGAUUUCUUCAGUUUCCAAUUUGGAGGAAAUAGUGUGGGGAAGAACUCAUCAAAAGAUCUGCCCAUAUUUGAAUUGGAAGUUAUUGCUCGUGUUUCCCUAAGUGGGCUUUGUGAAUCUUUUGUCUUCGGAUUCCCGCACAGACUUUAUCCCACACAGUGUUGGAGACUAGAUUGGGAAGAAAUCCUUUAUAACCAACAGUGUUUUGCAACUAUAUGCCAGUAUCUGACUGAGAAUGAAAUAUAUCUACUUACCAGGAUAAAAGCCCAGCAUCGCUCAGAUCAAGUUUUUGGCUUCUAUAUUUUAGUAGCAGGGGACAAGUCACUUCUUCUAAAGUCAGUAGCCUCAGCUGAAAUUACUCUUCCUUCGCAAGAUGCUGCACAUAGUGGUCAGAUAUCUGAGGAACUUCUCAUCAAAAUGAGUAACAACUUGACUGACCUACCACUGAUUCAGGACUUCAAUCCGCAGUUGUUCAUUUCAGGACUAUACACAGCCCUGAACCAUAACUUAAUACAUGUCAGCUCACUGGUAAUGUGA